UAGUUCAAGGUCACGUUGAAUAUGUUGCUGAUGCUAUGGAAUUAGAUGAGAUUUAUUAGAAGUCGAAGUAAUAGAUUUUUCCCGUGUUUAUCAUAAUGUCGUUGAAGAAAAAAGUCACGAGUUUGGCUGAGAAAAUCAGUUAUCUGGUUACGGCAGCUCCUACAAAUUUCGACUCGGAUGACGAGAUCGAAGAUACAAGAGCAAAAGUUGUUGAACACUUUGAUGAGAGCGAUGCAGUUGAUGAUUUUCAAGAUUCAAGCUUUAGAAAGCAAAAUGUGGAACUUCUUGAUCAAGUUGACGAAAGGUACCGAGGGACAAAGAUUUCGAGAAAGGACGUUUACGAGGAAAAAAGUGGUUCAAGUUUAAAUGAUGAUUCAAUAGAAGAAGAUUCUGACAGUAACUUGCAGGCUUUUCAGGGGUCUGAUAGUGCUGGGGAUGACAAUGAUGAAAGCGAUGCCAAGACAUCGGAUGAAGAUGCUUCCGAUGUCUCUGGAGAAGAGGAAAAUUCUGACGAAGUAACCGAUUCGGAAGUUGAUGAGGAUAAUCCAUUGCGUAGGGGUAUAACUCAACAAGACAUUAUCGGAACCAUCCCUGUUUCCAAUAUUCGGGAUGAUGUUGAAAAAGGCAACUGUGUGCGAGAUCAACUAAAGCUUUGGGAAAAUUUUCUAGAAAUUAGAAUCAAGUUACAGAAGUGCCUGGUAACAAGUAACAAGAUGCCUCAAUAUGAUGCUUACAAGAAUUUUAAAUCUGAUAACAAUUUUGCUAAAGCUGCAGGCGAGUCUAAGCAGAAGUUGAUCGAUGUCCUAGAGAACAUGUUAAAGUUGCAGAGUACUCUUUUAAAAAAGUACCCAGAAACUAAAGAUAUGCAGAAGAUGGGUAAAAAAAGGAAGCAGGAUGAAAACCAGGGUAAUGACUUAAACAAAGAAGACUCUAUGGAUGAAGAAAUUCCAUCGGAUACCGAUGAAGACAUGGAAGAGGACAAGAGUGUAGAAAACGGUAAAGAAGCCUCAGAAGAAGAAGAAAACGAAAUUUUACCACGGAAGAGAUUAAAGUUAAAUGAUUUCGAAAAUAUUCUUGCUGAAAAUCACAAAGCCUACUCGAGUUAUAGGAACUCUGUGAUACAAAAGUGGAAUGACAAGACACGUGUUGCGACUGGUAAGCUGAAUAAGAGUAGUAAUCAGUCUGUAGUCAGUCAGAUUGAUUUUGUUCUAAGUGACAAAUUAAAAGUCUUGAAGAAAACUCGAUUGAAGCGGUCGGAGUACGAGAUCGUUGGAAAGUCUUCAACCACCCCCGAAGACACCGAUGGUCGAGCUGUUCAAGAAUUUGACUCCGAGAUCUACGACGAUGACGAUUUUUACCAUCAACUUUUAAGGGAACUGAUCGAGUACAAAUCCUCUGACGUGACCGAUCCGAUACAAUUGAGUAAACAGUGGAUCCUGUUGCAGAACAUGAGGAGUAAAAUGAAAAGAAAAAUUGAUACCAGAGCCACAAAGGGCAGACGAAUCCGAUUCAACGUGCAUACAAAACUAGUCAAUUUUAUGGCGCCAAUCACUGUGAACGACACAUGGACAGAUCUCGCUAAAAAUGAGUUGUACAAAUCGUUGUUUGGCAAAAUUAAGGCAGCGGAGGGUGAAACAGGACAAUGAGGAAGAAUAGAAAAUACUUAAUAUUAUAGGUAUAAUUAUUAUUCUGUACAUACAAUCCAAAUCAUUCCCUCCUUGGAGUGUUAUUUCUAAUUUUACCUUAAUAAUUUAAGGAUAAUAAAAUAUCCUAAAGAAGA